AUGGAUGACUCUGUCCUUUUCAAUGACCUCGGUCCCUCUAAGCCCCCGUCGGCCUCUUUCUACGACGAUAUGUUCGACUCCUACUUCAACGACGCGGACGAGGCCCCCGAGCCCUCGCCUAAGGCUUCUUCCUCGCCGUCGACGCCGCCGCCCGUGUUCGACAAGCCGGUCUUCGACGACGAUCCUGACACGGCCGAUCCAUUCGACGCGAUCCCCUUGUUUGGAGGCGGCGGUGGCGGGGAAGGGGAGGACUUCCUCGGUGGCGUCGGGAGCGCGGCAAAGCCGGAGAGGAGGGAGUCGGAGGCGGUGGGUUUUGAUGAAGACUUGCUCCCUGGGUUGGUGGGAGCACCAAUUCGACGGAGGAGCCGGAGCAUGAAGCCGGCGCCGCAAAUGGAGCCUGUGGCGUUUGAUGAUGGUGUGAUCCCUGACAUUGGUGGAGGCACGAGCCAUCCCUAUUCGGCAAGGGAGGAACCUAUAAUAAGGCAAGAAAGUGAAUCAAUUUCAUCCAGCAAAAUGAGUAGCACGCGAGAAGAUCCUUUCGUCAUUUUAGGUGGUACACACAGAUCGGGAUAUUCAUCUUUUGGAUUGUUUUCAGAUCCUUUGAAUAACAUCGGCAUGCCUGUGAAGGAAGGGAACACAAAAGUUGAUGCGCCUGAUAAUACCAGUGGGAUAUUUCAGGGGUCUGAUAUCUUUACUGACUUUCCAAAAGCCAUGCCACCCUUUUCGUUUACAUCUGAAAACCAGAGUGAUAUAAAUGAAAGGAGAUAUGCUGAAAACAUAAAUAGCAUGAGUCUCUCUGAUCGGGUGCCUCAGGAGAAGCCAGUCCAACAAGCUUCAACAGAAGCACCUGACAAUAAAUUGUUUGAGAUGAACUUCCCUGAAGCAUCUGUUAUCCGUGAAGUACCUGUUACCACUGGUUUUCAGACAUUAAACCCAUUUGCUGGGGAAGACGAUUUGUUAGAGGCAAAUCAAUCUUCACAGAGGCCUAAUGAUGUGUGGGUAACUGUUUCUGAUAUUGCUCUAGUGACACUACCUACAAGUGCACCGCCUCCUUCACGGCCGCCACCUCCACUUGCUGCUAAGAAACCACCUACUGAAUCUGUAAAUCGUAAUCAAGGCUACCAUCACUCCGCAUGUUCAAACACUUCUAAAACAUCCCAAAUUGAUGAAUUGGAAGAUUUUUUCAUGGCAAAGCCUGCUAAUUUUGCCAAUGGUCAUCCACAAGUUCUAAAGCAUGAAGGAAACGGGCAUUAUCCAUCUGCAGCUACUGCAAGUUUCAUGGACUGGACUGAGAUGGGACACUCUAAAGGGGGGAACCAAGGGGCAUUUGAUUCUAUGUUCACCAGCAAUCAAUAUAGACAGCCAGAAAUAGAUGAGAAAGCAGAAGUAUGUGCUCAUGAAAUGGAAACCACAGAUGAAGAAGAGAGAUUAGAAAAUGAACGAAUACAAAGAGAACAUAAAGAGGAGCAAAGAAGAGCAGAAAGGGAGAGGGAAGAACAGCUUGAGAGGGAAAGGGAAAAGGUGAGACAAAGGGAACAAGAGGAGCAGAGGAGGCGUGAAAAAGAGAGGGAGGCCAGGCAAGCUGUAGAUAAGGCUGUACGGGAGGCACGUGAAAGAGCAGCUGCUGAAGCACGCAUGCGAGCUGAGAAGGAGGCUCGUCAAAGAGCAGAGCGAGCUGCCGUAUGGAAAGCAACAACAGAAGCUCGUGAGAGAGCUGCAGUCGAGGCAAGGGAAAGAGCUGCAAAGGCUGCUGCAGAAGCUAAGGAAAGAGAAGCAGCAGAGGCUAGAGAAAGGGCUGCAGUAGAAUCAAGGGAAAGGGAUGCCAAAAUUGCUGCAGAAGCAAAGGAAAGAGCUGCCAGGGCUGCUGCUGAAGCUAGAGAAAAGGAAGCAGCAGAAUUUCAGGAGAAAGCUGCUGCAGAAGCUCGGGCAAAAGCUGAGCGAGCUGCUGUUGAGAAAGCUGCAGCAGAAGCACGAAGGAGGGCUGAAAGAGCAGCUUUCGAGAGGGUUGCUGCUGAAGCUCGGCAAAGGGCUGCUAAUGAAGCUAGAGAAAGGGCUGCAGCUGAAGCACGGGCAAGAGAAAAUCAGCAAAGGAGAGCAACAGCAGAACCUGAUCUCGAGUCAUUCUUUGGCAUGCCUUCUAGAUCAAGCAGUGUACCGAGAUCAUACAACAACACAACAACGAAUCCUUUCGAUGUUCAGCCUCAUGGCAAUGCUGAUUCUGGUGGUGUAAGGACAUCUUCCAGUUCAGCUUCUUCCUUUACUCAGCCUUCGUCAAGCAAUCUUAUGGAUGGCCUAUCUUCUAUAUUUGGAGCACCUUCAUCAUCUGCUGUAUUUCAAGAAGUGGAUGGAGAGAGUGAAGAAAGAAGGAAGGCAAGACUGGAACGACACCAAAGAACGAUGGGGCGUGCGGCAAAAGCUCUUGCUGAGAAGAAUGAGCGUGACUUGCAAGCUCAGCGGGAGCAGGAAGAGCGACAUAGAAUUGGUGAAUCACUUGAUUUUGAGAUAAAGAGGUGGGCUGCUGGCAAAGAAGGCAACCUACGGGCCUUACUAUCAACAUUACAAUAUAUUCUUUGGCCGGAAUGUGGUUGGCGACCUAUAUCAUUGACUGAUCUGAUUACAGCAGCAUCUGUGAAGAAAGAAUACAGGAAAGCAACAUUGUGCAUCCAUCCUGAUAAAGUGCAGCAGAAGGGGGCAAAUCUUCAACAGAAAUACAUUGCAGAAAAGGUAUUCGACCUUCUGAAGGAAGCCUGGAACAAAUUCAACUCAGAAGAACUCUUCUAA